AUGGCUUUCGGAACUCUCAUCGCAUUUGCUGCUCUCAUUGGCGCCUCCAGCGCUGCUAUUACGCGGCGCGUUGCCUGCCCGGACGGGGUGAAUACUGCUACCAACGCUGCUUGCUGCGCACUGUUUGCUGUCCGGGACGACAUCCAGGAGAAUCUGUUCGACGGCGGCGAAUGUGGUGAAGACGUGCACGAGUCACUCCGUCUAACAUUCCACGACGCUAUUGGCUUCUCCCUCUCUGCUAAUGCUGCGGGCACUUUCGGUGGUGGAGGUGCUGACGGUUCCAUCAUCGUAUUCUCCUCCAUUGAGACCGCAUUCCAUGCCAACAACGGCAUUGACGAAAUCGUGGAGGAACAGAAACCAUUCAUUGCUAGACAUAACAUCACUCCUGGCGAUUUCAUCCAAUUUGCUGGUGCAAUUGGUGUGAGUAAUUGUCCCGGUGCCCCGCAGCUAGACUUUCUGCUUGGUCGCCCUGCCCCCGUGGCCCCCGCUCCUGACUUGACCGUCCCUGAACCCUUCGACUCGGUUGACAGUAUUCUGGCCCGCUUCAAUGACACAGGCUUCAAUGCUGCUGAAGUCGUCGCAUUGCUCGCGUCCCACACCAUUGCUGCUGCGGAUAAGGUCGACGUGACGAUCCCAGGAACUCCGUUCGACUCUACGCCUGAGAUGUUCGAUACUCAGUUCUUCAUUGAGACUCAGCUUCGUGGCACUCUUUUCCCAGGAACUGCUGGAAACCAGGGUGAAGUCAUGUCGCCCUUGGCAGGAGAGCUGCGUCUCCAAUCGGACUCGGAAUUGGCUAGAGACAAUCGCACUGCUUGCUUGUGGCAGGCUAACGUCAACCAACUUGCGCAUAUGACAUCAACGUUCAAAGCGGCUAUGGCAAAGUUGGCUGUUCUAGGACAGGAUACAUCUCAGAUGGUCGACUGUUCAGAACUAAUCCCGACGCCUCCACCUUUCACUGGUGCUGCUCACCUACCUGCGGGCCUGACAAGCGCUGAUAUCGAACAAGCCUGCUCACUUACUCCAUUCCCCACCUUGCCGACUGACCCUGGUCCCAUAACCUCGGUUGCUCCUGUACCUCCCUCUUGA